AUGGAUUUUUUAAACAUUCCAUCCAAAUUUUGUGAAGAUUUAGCUCAAAAAAUAAUUGGGGAAAAAUGUACGGUAAUGAAUUGUACUUUAGAACCAUUGGGCGAUUUUAAGUGUGGUUUUAUGGGGGAGCAUUCAAUCUUGAAGAUUUCCAUCAAAGAAUCCGAUCAGGUAUUAAGAUUUUUUCUUAAAUCAGAACCGAGAGUUGCUAUGAUGAGAGAAUUCGCGGACGCAACAAGGCUUUUUUUUAAAGAACACUCUUUCUAUCACAAAAUAAUUCCGGAAUUUAAAAAAUGCAACAUCCAAGAAAUGGAGGAUGUAGUCCCAACUAGUUAUAAAUACGAAAAACCAAACAUUCUAUUUUUAGAAGAUCUCUCACUCAAAAAUUACACGAUUUUUGAUUCGAGACAAUCCCUAGUUUCUGGAUUCGUCAACUCAGCGUUAAGCACAUUCGCAAAAUUCCACGCAAGUUCCUUAAUUUACGAAGAAAUACGCAGCAAAGCAAUCGGGAAACAAUAUCGUUUAAUCGACGAUUACAAAAAUGAAUUAAAAGAAUCGUUCUACGGACACACAAUUUAUAACGUUCGUAGCGUCGAUUCAACAACCAAAGGAAUAAUAACCCAAAUCGAUUUAUUCCCUGAAAUCGAAAUCGAAAAUCGGGACGAAUUUAAAUCUUUCGUUGUUAAUAUUUGGAAAAACGUAAACGAAUUUGCCAAACCAUCAUUAAAAUACCGCAACGUAAUUUGCCAAGCAGAUCCUUGGAUCACAAAUUUAAUGUUUAAAUCUGGUGAUGAAAUUAAAUCGAAAUUAAUCGAUUAUCAAAUGAUUCGUUACGCUCCUCCUGCACAAGAUGUUAUAUCAUUUUUGUAUUUAUGCACAACUAGAGAGUUUAGAAAAACUCAUUUAAAGAGUUCUUUGGAAUAUUAUUACGCAGAGUUGAAAAAAAUACUCGAAAAAUACGAAAUUGACGAAAACAUUGUUUCUGAAACGGAUUUUUGGGAUUCGGUAAAAUAUUACGAACCUUUUGGUAUGGUUCAGAAUUUGAAUCAUUCUCAUAUGACUAAGUUAUCUCCAAGCGCUGUUAAGAAGUUAUUUGAAAACCCCUUUGCACUCCAGAAAUUUAUUUUUGAAGAUAAAAGUGAGAGUUUAGUUAAAUUGUGCGAUGAAAAUGUUCGUUAUAAAGAAAAACAAAAAGAAUUCGGAGAUUGGACGCUUUUAGAAUGGGGAGUCUCUAUAAGCGUUAAUUAUAAGGUUAUUUGA